AUGGAAAGAGGAGGGGAUUGUCAUGAGUGCAAAAUCGGUGUUCGUGGCCUUUGCCCGUUGUGGGAGGCUCAGAUUUGGAGAGAGCAGGGUAUCGGCGCGAGCCUGCACAGCGACGCGAUUCACACGCUCUGGGGGACGGUCGUCUGCGCCCAGAGCACGCUCCAGAGCCGCCAUCGCAACUGGGAUGAAGUGCCCCAAUACCUCACGAGUCGCUUCUAUAACACGCGCGAACUGGAUCUCACGGGCUCGCGCGUGCGGGACAUGGGCGACUUAGUCGAGCGCUUCGUUCUGCUCGAAUCGCUCGCAGCGCCAGAGAACGAGCUGGCUGUCCUCCCCGAUUCCCUCGGGGAUUUGAGGCACUUGGAAAGCCUCGACGUGAGCAGGAACCAUUUGCAGGAGCUCCCGGAUAGCCUGCUCAAAUUGACCGACCUCUUGAAGCUCCACGCGACGGGGAACGACCUGACCGCCGUUCCCGACUUGGGACCACUCACAAAGCUCUUGGACCUCGACUUGUCGAUGAAUCAGAUUCAUGACCAGCCAGAAUGGCUCGACAAGCUGACAUCUUUGAAAACCCUGGAUUUAUCCCGCAAUCUCAUCGACGGAAGGUUGACGUCGGCCGCCUGCGCGCUCGCGGAGCUGGAAACGCUCAAGCUCCGGCGCAACCUCCUCGACGGGUUGCCGGAUUGCAUGGGAGAUCUCAUCAGCCUCGAUGAUCUUGAUCUCCAGGAGCGACCGCGCCCUGGCGAGCAGGUUGUCGCCGGCGACGACCCAGGCCGCGUCCACACCCGCCGGCAGCUUCGCGAGCGCGUCCUUCGCCGCGGCCUUGUACGCCGCGCAGCACUCCGCGUGCUUCCCGACCUUAUAGAGCGCCGUCCCCUUGACGAUGGAUUUUUUUAUGGAUUGGUCGAUGGUCCGUGCGAGGGUUUUGGUUCGCUCGAGGUUGUGGUCUAA